AUAGGAUAGAUAGGUCAUAGGCAGAGCCGAAAGGGUAAAAACUAGAGCUAAACAAUCCUGAAGAAGAAGAAGAAGGUAUUCGCGGGCAUUUUCAUGAUCGCGACUCCGUCAUUCUUCUCUCCUAAUCGCAUGGCAAGAUCAUCGUCAUCGUCGUCUUCAUCGUCCUUCUGUCUCCCAUACUUCCUAUUCCUCUUUACGAUCACUUCUUUUUCUACUCCUAUAGCUUCGCCCGUGGGUUUCGGCGGAGUAUUAAGCGUCAAAUACAAAUUCUCCGGUACUGAUCGUUCCCUCAGUGCCCUAAAAGCCCACGAUGACCUCCGCAACAUCCGUAUGGCUUCCGGAGUCGAUAUUCCCUUGGGUGGCUCCGGCCGUCCAGAUGCCGUCGGACUUUACUAUGCCAAGGUUGGGAUUGGAACGCCUCCAAAAGAUUAUUAUGUACAAGUAGAUACUGGAAGUGAUAUAAUGUGGGUCAAUUGCAUUCUUUGCAAGGAAUGUCCUCAAACAGGCUACCAUGGUAUUCCACUUACCUUGUACGAUCUUAAGAAUUCUCUCACUGGGACAAAGGUUUUCUGUGAUUCUCAAUUUUGUAUUGAGAUCAAUGCUGGUCGAACACCUGACUGUGCGGCUAAUGUGACUUGUUUAUAUACUGAGGUUUAUGGAGAUGGAAGUUAUAGUCUUGGCUACUUUGUGAAAGAUCUUGUCCAAUAUGAUGGUGUAUCAGGAGAUCUGCAAACUAUGACAGCAAACCAAAGUUUUAUAUUUGGAUGUGGUGCGAGUCAAUCUGGCGAUCUAGAUUCGUCCGAACAUGCUCUUGAUGGAAUAGUAGGUUUUGGAAAAUCAAACUCAUCCUUUAUAUCCCAACUUGCUGCUUCUGGGACAGUGAAAAAGAUUUUCGCACAUUGUUUGGAUGGUGUGAAUGGUGGAGGUAUUUUUGCAAUUGGGCAUGUUGUGCAGCCAAAGGUCAACACGACUCGUUUAUUACCAAACAAGCCACAUUACAAUGUCAAUAUGACAGCAGUUCAAGUUGGGUCUGAAUUUCUUAAUCUGACAACAAAUGUAUCACAUGCUGGAGACUAUAAAGAGACAAUAAUUGACAGUGGUACAACUUUGGCUUACUUCCCAGACGCUAUAUACCAGGCAUUAGUGAAGAAGAUUCUCUGGCAGCUUGAUAUAAAGUUACAAACCCUUCAUGAGCAGUAUACAUGCUUUCAGCACCCUGGAAGCGUGGAUGAUGAUUUUCCUGCUGUCACCUUUCAUUUUGAAAAUUCAGUCCUCUUGAAAGUGUAUCCUCAUGAGUAUCUCUUCCUCUUUGAGGGGUUAUGGUGUCUUGGCUGGCAAAGCAAUGGUGUCCAACCCAGAGAUAAACAAGACAUCAUCCUUCUGGGAGACUUAGUGCUAUCAAAUAAACUAGUGUUGUAUGACUUGGAAAAGCACGUCAUUGGCUGGACAGAGUACAACUGUUCUUCAAGCAUUGAGAUAAUGGAUGAAGUGACUGGAUCAGUGCAUCUGGUAGGAGCCCACUCUCUGCCUUCUUCGGCUUGUGAUCUGACAAUCAUGUGGCUACUACUAGUGGCUGGAUUUGUAAACUUUGCUCUUGGUGAAAUGGUCUUGUGAAUGGAGAUCAUCAUUGAACCUGGUGAAUUGUCUUAUUAAUGAUGAAAUAUAAAAUAGUAAAAGCCUGCAAUUUGAAGCAGUUCUUCUGUUCUAAUGAGA